CUAAAUUUACGUGUUUGGUUGUAGGCCUUCUUUAGAAAACACAGCACAGCUGCCACAAAACUCGCGUUUCAUGUAAAUGGCAGGGUUUGGUAAAGUGCUGGCCAGCCGAUGCAGUGCGUAGGGCCAGGUGUCCAAGGCCACGAAAACAUGAACGGGGCGGGGGAGCAGGUCGACAUCCUGCCCUCCAACUGCUUGGUAAAAGAGCGCUGGAAAGUGCUGAAGAAGAUUGGGGGUGGAGGAUUCGGGGAGAUCUAUGAGGCCUGUGACCUGUUGACACGGGAGAAUGUGGCUCUUAAGGUGGAAUCCGCCCAACAGCCAAAACAAGUGCUAAAGAUGGAGGUUGCUGUGCUAAAGAAACUACAAGGUGAGGAGAUGGAGAGGAUGCGAAUAUAUUUUGUGUCGUUUAUCAUUCUUACAAUUCGAUUUAAACAUUAUGUGGUAAUAUUGUUGCUUCUAAAGUUACUGGCCAGUUUUCGAGAUUGUUCUAUGUACUUGCCAAAAGGGACGUUCAGUAUGAGCACGACUCUACGGUUGGGGAAACAGAUUCUGGAGUCUAUUGAAGCCAUUCACUCUGUGGGCUUCCUGCACAGAGACAUUAAACCUUCUAAUUUUGCCAUGGGCCGAUUGCCGUCUACCUGUAGGAAGUGUUACAUGCUGGACUUUGGUUUGGCACGACAGUACACUAAUACAAAUGGGGAGGUGCGGCCUCCCAGGACAGUGGCUGGGUUCAGAGGGACAGUACGCUACGCUUCCAUUAACGCUCAUAAAAACAAGGAAAUGGGUCGUCAUGAUGAUUUGUGGUCAUUGUUUUAUAUGCUGGUAGAGUUUACUGUUGGACAGUUACCAUGGCGUAAGAUAAAAGAUAAGGAGCAGGUAGGACAGAUUAAAGAGCGCUAUGAGCACAGGAUGCUGUUGAAACACAUGCCUGCUGAGUUUCAUAUCUUCUAUGACCAUGUGCUGGAUUUAGAUUACCACACCAAACCUGAUUAUCAGUUGCUAAUGACAGUAUUUGAGAACAGCAUGAAAGAGAGGGUUAUAACAGAAAAUGAGCCUUAUGACUGGGAAAAAUCUGGAACAGAUACGGCCCUCCCCACCAGCACACACACGCCACCACAACAAAACACACGGCAAACUGCUGCCAUCGUCGGGGUGGUGAAUGUGACGCCGGUACCUGGUGAAUUACCGAGGGAAAACACUGAUGAUGUUCUGCAAGAUGAACACCUGAGUGACCAAGAGAACGCUCCACCUGCUUUGAUACCCAGCAGGCCAAGAGAACCUCCUCCAGCCCCACCUGCUGGUGAAGGAUGGGAUGAAACUGACUUCAACCGUAACAAACUCAGGAUCAGCAUCAGUAAGACACAAGUAGCAGCAGAGGAUGGGGAGGAGCCUGCAGGAGGAGGGAGGUCCGUUUCCCCAGCGAGGGGUGGAGAAGCAGAAGCUCAGGCCCGCCCUCCAAGGUACUGGAGAGUCAAUAGCCCAGAAUCUGACCGCCUGUCUGCUGCAGAGGAUAGAGGCGAUGCCGCAGAUAAACGCUCUCGUUUGGACAUGCUGGGUUCUCCAUCCAGGCAUGUCUACUCUUCCCAGCCUGCUCAAAUGCUCUCUUUAGAAGCUGGACAGGGAGAACGAUUGGCCGGUGGCCACCAUGAUGUCUCUGCAGACGGUGACCAGGAAGCCCACAGCAAUGCCUUCAUCCGCUCAGUGCCGCUGGCUGAGGAGGAGGACUUUGACAGCAGGGAGUGGGUGAUGAUUGACAAAGAAACAGAGUUGAAAGACUUCCAUCCUGGGGCAGAGCCCACCACUUCAGGCACCACGGAUGAGGAACCAGAGGAAUUACGCCCCCUUGAGGACCACGAGGAGAGGAGAAGGAAAGGACAUAUGCAUGGAAUGGGCGGAGCUGAGGCUGUGGUACGACCCAAAACGCAACGUGGGAUGAUGAUGAUUGUAGCAGAGGAGGAGGGGGCAGGACCGAGCCCCGCCCAUUCACCUUGUCACUCGUUGCCUCAUACCUGCCCAAGAAGGAGGGAGUCGGAGCCAUUUGGACCUGAAGGACCGUUGGAGGAGGACAGGCCACACCCACAUCACUCAUUCCCGAGGCCUGCCCAUUUGAGAAGACUGGCGUCGUACGUGUUUUCCUCCGCUACCAUGGACACGGAGCCCUUCCCCCACGACCUCGGGGGAGCGGCCAUUCAGCGCAGCCGCUCGGCUGAAAGCAGCCCCGCCCACCGCCACGCCCAUCGCAGACACAUGCCCCUGUUGCCAGGCAACCCCAGAGCUCGGCAUUCUGUACUAAACCUCCCACGCCUACACAUUCAGCAAAUGCUGGCCAAACUUAUGAACAAGACAAUUGCUGUACUACUGACACAUUCCUCUUUCUCAUCGCUCUUGUGUGUCCACUGCUGUACAUACUGUUGGCUGAGCACUGUCUUUGAGUCUACACGAACUCGCAAAAGCCGACAACAACAGCUGGCUCGUCUCGUCCUGGAGCGUAAACAAACCCACCUGAUUCGUUCUCACUCCGCCUCCUCGCACUCCCCAACACUCUCAACCACUGCAUCUGAAGAUGAAACCCACCAAUCAGACGACUCGGCGAAAGGAGAGAGAGGAGCAGAUGGGAGGAUUAGGAGCAGGAUCCCUCGUCCAGUCACACCUAUCAGGGGGUCAUCUGACCAACUAGGGGGUACGACCCUUCAACAAACCCAGAGAUCUGUGUCUUUCAUUCAAUACAGAACCAAGAGUUCUGUCAAUCCCAGGAUUCAAAAGUCUACAAGUCUGCACACAAAUAUCCAUCAGCAGCCACCUAAACCUCAGCUCCGUCCCUCUAAAACACUUCCACCCCAUCCUCCAUCUUCAGGCCCCUCCCACUCACAGGGAAGUCGGACCGCCACACGUACCAUUACUCGUACCUCAGCACUUAAUGCCACCCGGAGCAUCAGCACCUCUCCUCGGAGCUACGACACCUCUCGCACUGACAGCCCUUCGCCUCAACGCAUUCGCCGACAGCCUGCAGCCAAUGAAACGCAACGAAAGCCCAAACCUUUUUGCCCGUCGCAGUCCAAAUCCAAACCUCAGGAUUCCACCCCCAAAAAGAGCAACACCCACCCAUCAGCCUCAUCGCAAACGGCAAAGAAAGAUUCAAUGGAAUCAAAGACUAAAACAAGAUAAUUAAGACAUUUCUGCAGGUGAUCUUCAUCCUCAGCAUCAUCAUCACAAUCACUCUUUGAAUCAUCAGUGUUGGACUGUACUUCUCAUUAAACACAACAAACUCAACCAAACAAUCUGGAUGGACGUGUUCGUUAUCCAGCCAAGUGACUGCAGCAGCUACAAAAUACCUCUAAUGAGGAGAAACUCUGACAUUUACACACACACAGAGAGUUGUCUUUAAUGAAGUGUGUUGGACAGAUGAACACACCUCAUAUGCCUUAAACCUGCAAAGGAAAUAAUUGCUGCCAUCACAACAAAGCUUCCACAGACUCUACCCUCCUGUUCACGGCACAAAUGCCACUAUCAUGUUCAAUAAUACAACCAAUCUCAUUGUACACAUUAGAAUCGGAUUCUACUGCAACUUUAAAGCUUUUAAAUACAUUACACUACAUGCUAUUUAUUUGAAUUGAAUAUCACUUCCAAAACACAUUUUUGACCAACAUCACAAUAUCAGAAUCGGGGAAAAAUAGCUUUAUCGAAACUUACAAAAACCGAAUAUGUUUCAAAAGUCCCAAAUGUACUGAUUACUCAACUAGCUGGCGUUUGGGACAGACUUUUUCUAUCAACUUCUGCCGUCAAUUUGUGUGUGCUAAAAUUUGUAUUUAUCUCAAAAAAUAAUAAUAAUAGUCAUUUGCACCAAAACUCUGU